GGCCCCUGCAGUGAGAGCGGUACAACUGCAAGAGAGCUGGCCGGCUGGGGAGGUGGAGGACGGGGAGAGAAGAGGAAGGAGGCUCCGGGAGCAAGCGAGACAAAAAGGGUCAGGCCUGGGACUGGGAAAAUCGGGAGAGCGGAAAGAAGAAGGAUCAUCUCUUUUUUUGUACCUUUGAGUUUAUUUUCACCUCAUCUACAUCGCCCCCGUUAUUAGAUAUCACCCAUAGACUCUCGAUGAUGCCGUCCAACACUGUCACCAACACCACUGCAUUUAAAGGCUCAGGCUACACUGAUUCACCUGGAAACAGAAUGGGUGAAAGCACACUACUGGACAUGGACCUGAUGACAGAGGAGAAGUCGGCUAAAAGUAGUGCCUCUUGUAAAGUUGGCAAGCCUGGAAGAAAGCGCAAGCAGUUUCCAGUCGAUAGCUGUGGCUCUCUCAAAGCCAGUGUGGGCGUGGGCAACAUCUACACUGGGGUGGGUAGGCCGUCCAUGGCCCAGGUCCACAAUGGUGACGUGGGCGGGCACAGAGACAGGACGUCUGACGCCUGCUUCCCAAAACAGGAGAAGAGGGAAGUGGAGAACGGGAUCCCCAGAGAUCCUUCCUCUUGCCGGGCAGAGGACAGCUCCCAGGGUCAGAGCCUGAGCCCGUCCCCAGAGAACGGAUUCCUGCCUAGCCGGGAAGACCAGGACUCGGAGAAAGACAAGGACGACAGCCUGACAACGCCGCACAAGAAACGAGGGAGGCGGAAACUGGAGCGCCCAACGAAAUAUGUGGAGCAAAAGGAGGAGGACGGGCGUGAUGCAGUCAAGACCGAGGGAGGUCGAGGCAGGAGGGGAGUUGGUUGGGAGAUCAGCCUUCGUCAGAGGCCCAUGCCCAGAAUAACCUUCCAGGCUGGUGACCCUUAUUACAUUAGCAAGCGGACCAGAGAGGAGUGGCUGGCCAAGUGGAAGAUGGAGGCAGAGAAAAAGUCCAAACUGAUGUCAGCGAUGAAUGCGAUGAAAGAUCAUGAGGAGAAUGAAACAGAGACCCAGAAAGAAGAGGUCUCAAUAAUUAAGCACCCAUCGCCUUCAAAGCAGCAGCAGCAGCAGCAGCAGCCUCAGUCGCACACUCAGUCACAGCCUCAGUAUCAACAGCAAUCACAGCGGUCGCUGCCACAACAACAUCAGCAGCCACCUCAGCAGCAGCAGCAGCAGCAGCAGCAGCAGCAGCAGCAGCAGCAGCAGCAGCAGCCUACUGACCCCGCUUCCCCCACUGUGGCCACAACCCCUGAGCCCAUCACCAUCGGAGGUGGAGACAAGACGUCCCCCAAGCCUGCAGACACUGAGCCAGAGUAUGAGGACGGUCGUGGUUUUGGCAUUGGCGAGCUGGUUUGGGGGAAGCUUCGAGGGUUCUCGUGGUGGCCAGGCCGCAUUGUAUCCUGGUGGAUGACGGGACGGAGCAGAGCAGCUGAGGGAACCAGAUGGGUUAUGUGGUUUGGAGAUGGAAAAUUCUCAGUGGUCUGUGUAGAAAAACUCAUGCCUUUAAGUUCCUUCAAUAAUGCCUUUCACCAACCAACUUACAACAAGCAGCCCAUGUACAAGAAAGCCAUCUAUGAGGUGCUACAGGCGGCUAGCAGCCGGGCAGGCAAAGCCUUCAUGGCCUGCCCCGACAGUGAUGAGACAGAAACCUCCAAAUCAGUGGAAAUGCUGAACAAGCAGAUGAUUGACUGGGCUAUGACAGGAUUUCAGCCCACUGGACCCAAGGCUUUAGAGCCACCAGAAGAGGAGCGUAACCCAUACAAAGAGGUUUACCCUGAGAUGUGGGUGGAGCCUGAAGCAGCAGCCUAUACGCCUCCUCCAGCCAAAAAGCCUCGCAAAAGCACAGCAGAGAAACCCAAGGUCAAGGACAUCAUUGAUGAGAGGACACGAGAGCGGCUUGUUAAUGAAGUAAGACAAAAGUGCCGCAGCAUAGAGGACAUCUGUAUCUCCUGUGGAAGUCUGAAUGUUAGCAUUGAGCACCCACUGUUUGCUGGAGGAAUGUGUCAGAGCUGUAAGAACUGCUUCCUAGAAUGUGCGUAUCAAUAUGACGACGAUGGUUACCAGUCAUACUGCACUAUCUGCUGCGGAGGAAGAGAGGUGCUCAUGUGCGGAAACAACAACUGCUGUCGGUGUUUCUGUGUGGAGUGCGUCGACCUCCUCGUUGGUCAAGGAGCGGCCCACGCAGCCAUCAAAGAGGACCCGUGGAACUGCUAUAUGUGUGGUCAGAAGGGUGUGUUUGGUCUACUGGGGCGUCGCACUGACUGGCCCAGCCGUCUCCAGCACUUCUUUGCAAAUAAUCACGAACAAGAUUUUGAUGCACCAACGCUUUACCCCCCAGUCAUGGUGGAGAAGAGGAAGCCCAUUCGUGUCCUGUCGCUAUUUGACGGCAUAGCUACAGGGCUUUUGGUGCUGAAAGAACUUGGCAUCCAAGUGGAUCGCUAUGUAGCUUCUGAAGUGUGCGAAGACUCCAUCACUGUGGGUAUCGUCCGGCAUCAGGGUCGCAUCAUGUAUGUUGGUGAUGUGAGGAAUGUCACACGCAAACAUAUACAAGAGUGGGGUCCUUUUGACCUAGUUAUUGGUGGAAGCCCAUGCAAUGACCUCUCUAUAGUCAAUCCUGCAAGGAAAGGUCUUUAUGAGGGCACCGGCCGCCUGUUCUUUGAGUUUUACAGGCUGCUCCAUGAGGCUCGACCGAAGAACGGGGAAAACCGACCUUUCUUCUGGCUCUUUGAAAAUGUGGUUGCCAUGGGUGUCAGCGAUAAGAGGGACAUAUCUCGCUUUUUAGAGUGCAACCCAGUGAUGAUCGAUGCCAAGGAAGUGUCUGCUGCCCACCGCGCCCGCUACUUCUGGGGUAACCUUCCUGGCAUGAACAGGCCUUUGAGUGCUAUGUAUAAUGACAGGGUGGACCUCCAGGACUGUUUAGAACACGGCAGAACAGCUAAGUUUGACAAGGUGAGGACCAUCACCACCAGGUCUAAUUCCAUCAAGCAGGGCAAGGACCAGCACUUCCCUGUCUACAUGAACGAGAAGGAAGACAUACUCUGGUGCACUGAGAUGGAGAGGAUCUUUGGCUUCCCAGUCCACUAUACGGACGUGUCCAACAUGAGCCGACUGGCAAGGCAAAGGCUCCUGGGCAGAUCCUGGAGCGUCCCGGUUAUCCGCCACCUGUUUGCACCACUCAAAGAUUACUUUGCCUGUGUUUGA